CAGAUUGACAUUACUCGUAUGUAAACAUAUUGAUCGGUUGUGUCUUUACCACAUUUUUAUUUAUGUAAAACUUACUACGGUUUAACACAACAAAAUGGAUCAAGAAACUGCUAAAAAACUGUUGGUCGAAGCUGGCACAUUCGUAUUCCUUGGAGUGCCUCAAGAAACGCAGUUUGGCAUCGACAUGCAAUGUUGGAAUACAGAUGAAGACUUUCGCGGAAUUAAAAUGAUUCCACCUGGGUUGCAUUAUAUUCAUUAUUCUGGUGUAAGCAAAGGUACUGGAGAUGUAUCACCGAGGUCUGGCUUCAUGCACUUUUUCCACAAAAAAGAGUUUUUAGUUAAAAUGUGGGACAAAACAACAGAAGACAUAAGUAAGGAAGAAAUAACAGAUGAAAGUGUUGAGCGACUAAAAGAAAACCUGUUUAAUAUAGACAGACAUCUUGGACCUUACCCUUAUGAGCAGUGGCAAAAGUGGAAGUUACUAACAUCCCAAAUAACAGCUGAAUUAGCAAGAAAACUAUCACCGGAAAAUGGUAUGAUUAGAUCCUCAGUAGAACUUUUAUCAAUGACUGAUGACGAGAGACCUAGAGGAAUAAAAUCUUCAGGGUCCAAUGAAAAUCAAGAUGCUGCAAACAAAUCUACAGAUAAAGAUAUGGCUGAAGAAAAGGAAGAGUCUUCUGCAGGGCAAUCAGAUGCUAAGAGGGUGAGGAGAGUAACACGAGAAGAAAGAGAAAAUGCUAUGUUACCAGACUUGAAACCUGCUCCAGGAAUGUCAAUGAGAUUUACUGAGAUACCACGCGAUAAAUUUCCAACGGGUGCAACACCAGAAGAGAUUACAAAACAUUAUUUGGACCAAUCUUAUAGUUUAGAACUGAUGAUUGCACAACAUGAUGAGCCCCUUCAUAUAAUUGGCGAACUACAAUUUGCCUACUUAUGUUUUUUGAUUGGACAUUCCUUAGAUGCAUUUGAGCAUUGGAAGAACUUAGUUAUUCUAAUGUGCUCCUGUGAUGAUGCUAUUCACAAAUACCGCAGCGUAUUCUUUCAUUUCAUUAGAACAAUCGAAGUACAAAUCGACGAAAUGCCUGAAGAUUUCUUAGCUGACAUUGUUAUGAACAAAAACCUAGUUUACAAAAAACUUAGAGAAUUUUUCCGCACGGCGUGUGUAAGUAAAGUUGAUGGUCGACUUCUUACAAUGAUUGAAAGAUUUAAAGACAAUUUAACAGAUAAACUGCAAUGGGAUUUCACUGGCUUAGAUACUGAUGAAGAAGAUGAAAGGCCAGUUGUAGUACAAUUAGAUGAAACAGCAUAGAAUUAAACAAUUUUCAUUAAGUAAUCGAUUUCUAUUGAAAUACCUGACUGAGAUAUAAAACUAGUAGGUAAAAGUUAUUAUAUUCUCAUAUUUUUGGACAUGUCUACAAUAAAAAUCAAGUUACUGUAACUGGAUGUUUGCUAAAAUAUCUCAGUCUUCAAUCUUCAGUCAAUCUUGUAAUGAAAACAUUGGAUUGACUAAAAUAAACUUCGUAAGUACCAAACUAAUGACUUUUUCUUUCUACUCUAUUCAUCUAGAACUUGUAUAAAGUAUAUGUGUUGGUACAUAUAGAAUGAUAUCUGUACUAUUGUAUAAAAUAGUGAUUUAUUUAAAUCGAACAAAUAGGGUAUGUAUUUUUAACUAUUUUAUUAAAUUUAUUUUUGAGUGUUAAAUAAGUAAUAACUUCAAUAGAAGCCUAAAUUAAUGGUAAUUUUGAACUUUCGAUUCAGGUGAUGUAUGUAUCAUACAGUGAAUAUAUAUAAAUGUUUUUAAUGAAACUGCAAGAUUGGGUAUAAAUAAUAGUCCUAAAUUAAUAAAAUAUUAACCCAAAACUGCGAGAUUGUCCCGUUAAAAAAAGGGUUCUAAAUUGUAAGUAAAAUUUAAUGUAAGUUAAUACAUCAAUUCUAAAGCGGAUAUGGGUUUUAAAAUAUAGAACCAUCAAUGUAAUGCGAAAUCAUCAUUGUAAGUAAUAAACAGUACCUACACCAUUA